AUGGUGGCAGCCCUUGUCUCGGACCAAGAGCGACUGGACCUCAUUGAACAGAGCGGCGACGUUUUUGCCAAGACGCAAGAAUGGCUCGAGAAUGCCAAGGCGUCACGCACUUCGCCCGAGACCAAGGACAACUUGAUAACAUCGCUGGAAACUUUCACCGUCUACGGGUCGCUGGACGCCGUCACGGAUUUGUACCUGAAGGACGACAUGAAGAUGGCACUGGACUUUUCCAAGUCGCGCGAGCUUGCAGUGCUCAGGUCUCCUACAAAGCAGCGGCCACUUGACCGCGUGAGUCUUCGGUGGUCGCUUCUACACUCACCAAGUCAGUUCUUCGCCAUUGCCCAAGACUUUUGCUACCUGGAGGUCACGAUGCCGUUUGAAACAACAGACGGACGUCGAGGCUGGGCGAGGUGCUUGCACUCGGUCAAACACAAGGCAUGUCCGACAUUUCGAAAGUCGUGCGGGAGCGAUGUACAUCGAGCUGAACUGUUGUACUCUGGACUGUUCUUCGAGGAGACGCGUGAGCUGGGAGUGCUGAAAGCUACAGUGUGCUACAACAUCAAGCGAGAUCACGUGACACCUGCAAUGGUCCAAAGGUUGCUGAAAACGCAGUCAAAACGGACUGUCGAGCUGUUGAAUCACUACCGCAAGAUGUCGACGAUGAUGCUCAAGUCGAGGAAAGUCUCGCUCACGAGGGCACUACAGCUGCACGCUGAGAGACGCUGUGGCGCCUGUGCGAACCAGCUAUCGAAGUGGAAACCCAAGGAACGAUGCAGUUUAUGUAGAUCGUUGAUAUGCGAUAAAUGCAACGACAUCGUGGCGCUUAACUACAGGGUCGAUCGGGUCAGUCAAGGACGCGUUGCAUGCUUUGCUUGCGCACACCGCCAUGGUACACUGACUGCUAUGGUGACGAAGACUCGAUCCAUUGACCGGGAAGCAAAAAGGGACGGCAGCACGUCUGCUGAUACGACAUGCGAGAGGAUGAAAGCCUACCAAGAAGACGGAUUACAAGACGACAGUAUCUCGUUACUCAGUAACGAGGAGACCGUUCAAUCGAGAUGGUGUGACGGUAACGGUAACCUGAUGCUCGCAAUUGCUCCGAACGGCUCUUCGCAGCAACAUCCUGAGCAACUGAACCAACGCCAGCCAAAGUUGUUUUGCGACUCAAGCUUCCUCGCGCGAGAGACGUUGUACUUGCCAAAGGAUCACGCGACAUCACAACAACGACGACGUUGUACGACUCGAGUGUCAAGUCGUCGGCCAGUCGACCGACUGGACGAAGACUUGAUUGCACGUGGCCGUAGAAGAACGACGGGUAACUCGAGACUAUCCACCGUGGCAAAGCCCACGGCUUACGAGUCCUCGCGACACAAGGUAUCACCGGCGGGGCAGCAGAGCAAGUCGAGUACCCAUGUGAACUUCACUUGGUUUGUCGAUCAAGGAUUACAGGCUGCCACGCGCUGGAACAGCGUAGAUGGUGCAUGCCAAUACGACUCGUACCGCCAGUCCAGCAGCAAGUCCUUCCUGCUGUCAAGCCAAGUCGUUCUUCAUCACCAACGAGCACAAGUCAUUCGCGAUGAUCUCCGACGAGGUCCACGAAGACAAGACUCUUGUGACUUUUUCUCCAUGGCCAACUUCAAGUAG